CCUAGAGCCUCUCAUCUGACAUGACUCCUUCCCUCCCCAUCCCAUUUUCUCUUUACCUACUCGAGUACCUACCUAUCUUACCCAUAUUACUUACAGUAGCAUGCAGCAAUAGCGUGCCAACUUACCAUAUCUAGACUACCUCCUAGAGCCUCAUCUAUCAAACUUCUCGCACCCUUCUUACUUUUUUCCCUCACUUUUCCUCUUCCCCUCUAGACUGACGUGCUUUACUAGUUUCUUUGUCCCCUAUCGCAUACCCUUCGUGUUUCUCCCGUUGUUUACGUGGUGAAGCUUCGUGUUGUAAUUCCGGACGAGGUCAGUUACAUUGUUGCCUUGGUUUCACUGACAAGGGAUUCCCUCUUUUGCGAUCGAUCGUGUUGGUUCUUGCCCUACGGGUAAGGAAUUAUCACACGGCCAAGGGUUGCUAAAGAUAUACCAUUCGAAAAAAGAAUUGAGGAAGAUGGAGAAAGGGAAAAGUAAAAAGGAAGGUACUCCACUUUCCCUUCUUUAUCUCGGAGAUGGGUUUGUUAUGGUUUUCCAAAGCCCUAGUCUUCUGAGAAAGGAGGAAGAGAAGAAAUGAAUGUAGUGAGGCAAAGGAAAAUUGACGAUGCCGUCGAGUUGGAUGGGUAUGUAGAUACCUCAGCCACACCAUGGACACUCAUCCUCAGGCAGCAUCUGGGGCAUCAAACCCACCAGCCACACCUCACAAACUUAACCCCGCCCCCACCAAAUUUCCCUUCAGGUCUUCUCCCGCUCUAGCUCCUCGCAUCAAGGUUAUCAAACCAAACCCGUACACCACAUCACCUCCACAUCCAGUCCUACGACACCUACCUACCCUCGCCUACUCAACCUACAGCUUCACCCCCCCUAAGCUGAACACCACACACCCUAGCCUUGUCUGAACCCUCUCAUCUCAUCUCAUCACACCAUUCUCAUCUUAGAAUCCUCACCCUCGCCCACCACCCACAAAUCAAGACACGCCAGCACCAAACCAAACCAGACCUUUUCAGAUCACACUAAAUCACCAACCCAGAUCCAACCCAAUAAACCCAAAAAAGAGAGAAUCAAAAAAAGGGAAAGCGUUCAAGUACAACAUUGCUGAAGUGCAAAAUCGCAAAAAUGACAACUACCCCCCACCUCCAAACAUUCACACUGGAACACUUACCCCCCGGAUAUGUUAUGCAUGUGGCGGUCUAUGAAAAUGUGAGGAACGCGGGGUUUUUGCAGAAGCAGUUACUAGAUGGGAAUGAGGGCUUUGAGUAUGCGUUUGUGGAUGCUGGGGUGGUGGGUUCUUUUUUUCUUCGUGGUUUCUUUCCUUUUUUUCUCUUUUUUUUUUUUUCUUUUUUUUAUAUGAGAGAGAGAGUGAGAGAGCUGGAGGUUUGGGGGAAUGAGUUGAUGUUUGUUAUUGGAUGGGCGAUGUGAGGUUGUAACGAGAGAGGGUGGUGAAGAUGAGAUGAGAUGAGAUUUUACGAUAGAGAGAGAGAAACUAAGGCUAAUGAAUGAGUCCGGAUAUAGGUUCUAAGUACUACCCACCUCCUAGCCGCAAUCUACCGAGCCCUCCGUGAUUUCCAGAGUGGACGGAUGAAGAGUCGGAAUGUACAUUCCGAAGUGGUAUUCUCGCUUAGUUCGAAUAAUAAUGUAUGUUCCCCUUUUUUCCAUCCUUUUCCCUUCCUUUCCCCUUUUUUUACCCCAUCCCCAUCCCAUCCCCAUCCCCUUACAACCCACUAACUAAAAGCCCCAAAAAAGAUCUCCGAAUCCUUCCGCCGUUUCGGCAUCACCCCCUCAACCACAAAUCUAAUCGUAGUAAAGAUCUCGCUCCCUUCCAAGCAAGUCUCCAGGGACGAAGUUCUUAAACAUCUUACUGAAGUGAUUGAGGGUGAGUCGGUGGAUUUCUGUGAUGAGGUGCUAGGGGGGAUGGUGGAUGAGAAGAGGGUGAGGAAGGUGUAUAAGUUGGGUGGGGGGAAGAGUGGUAUUGUACAAAGUAAGGGAGAGGGGGAGAAGAGGGAGUUGGAGGUUUUGGUUUUAGGAGGUAUGGCUUUGAGGGGCUUUGGUGGUUAG